UAAAUAUUUUUUUCAUAUAAUUUCUAUUUUUGUUUAGUUAAACAACAUAAAAUAUAUCAAUUAAAUGAUUAUUAAAAUAAUAUCAAAUACAUUUAAUAAACAUAUAUUUUUAUUGUAAUUAAAGAAAAUAUAAUCAAUAAUCAAUAUAAGCAAAUAAUUAUGAGUUUUGUUUAGCAAUUUUGGUAAAAAAAUCUAUAGGAAGUAUAUAAGGAUGUCAAGGAAUCAAGAGAUGCAAAAGAAGCUACACUUAAAAGUGAAUGCUUUACUAAAAACUAAAAAAAUUAAGAAGGAUUUAACACUUGUCUUAGAAAUUUCUAUGAUGAAUUUUCUAAAUUUUAAUUAAGAGUAGAAUUUGAGUAAAGAAGAGUUUUUGAAUGCCUUUAAGAACUUAAAAAAGGCGGAGGAGCAAAUUAAGAAGUCUAAAAAAUGUGUCUCAGAGGUGUAUUAGACUAACUUAAGUCACAUGCUAAUAAAUAUAAGGAAAAUAUCUAAAAAAAUUGA